ACGUCUUUCUCCACACUCACUCACGAUCUCGCCAUCGCUUGUGCUCUCUUCUCGCAUUGUCACCUCUGCGUAAACCCUAAUCUGUACUUCUGAUGGCCAUGAAGGUCUCGGAGCUCACAACGCAGAGCAAGGUACAGUACAUUGCUUAUGUACUUGCUUCUUGUCUGGGGUAGCUUGUUCUCUUCCCCCUCUCCCCCCUGCAAAAAAAUUGAACUUGACGUUGGAUUAAAUGAUCAUGGAUGUGCAGGUUUAGUGUUCUAAAUUUCAAUUUAAAGCCUUGUGUCCGCUCUUACAAAGCACAAGAAAUGAAGAAAGAGAAUACUACAGUCACUGGUUUUCCAGGACCCACUGCUCGAAUAACACGUGCUCGGGCUGCAGCUUAUCAGGCAGCUGGAGGAACACUCCCCUCACAGCCUUCUGCGAAACAAGAUCAGAAGCGGGUUCUACGAGAAAAUUCAAAAAGGGCAGCCUUGGAUGAGAAUAAUUCCUCCGCUCCUGUUGCUGGAGAUCUUCAACAUAAAAGGAGGGCAGUGCUAAAGGAUGUAACCAAUAUAUGCUGUGAAAAUUUAUAUACCAAUUGCAUUAAUGCUGCAAAGCUUCAGAGUAAGAACUCCAACAAGGCUAAAAGAGGUCCUGUGAAAAAGGAUUCCAAGGUGGCCCCUUCCAAUCCUGUAGAAGUUCCAGCGGUUCAAGAGGAUGUAACUACAAUAAAUGCUGAAAAAAUAGAGAAACCAGAGAAGCUUGAACCACAAGAAGUUGCAUGCUCAACAGAAGUAAAAUAUCAUUUUCCAAUGCAAAUAAGUACGGGAAGUACGACCAUACAGUCAGUUGGUUGUGAUCCUCAGGCCAAGAUAAAGAUUUGCAGAUGGCCUCCUCAACUCUCAAGCCCUUUAAAGAAAGACAAGUAUAAUCUUUGUGAGAAUUUGGGAUCUUCAAGUUGUUUAGGCAUUACAGAUAUUGAUUCUGAUGACAAAGAUCCACAAAUGUGCAGCCUCUAUGCAGCUGAUAUCUAUAACAAUUUACGUGUUGUAGAGCUUGUCCGAAGACCUAGUUUUAAUUUUAUGGAAGCACUACAGCGAGACAUCACUCAGAGCAUGCGAGGGAUCCUAGUUGAUUGGCUUGUGGAGGUUGCUGAGGAGUAUAAGCUGGUUCCAGAUACGCUUUACCUUGCAGUAUAUUUCAUUGAUCGGUUUCUUUCUGUAAACUAUAUGGAAAGACAAAGACUUCAACUGCUUGGCAUUACAUGCAUGCUAAUUGCCUCGAAAUAUGAAGAAAUUUGUGCACCCCGUGUUGAGGAGUUCUGCUUCAUCACAGACAACACAUACACAAAAGGAGAGGUACUGCAAAUGGAAAGUCAAGUGCUUAAUUAUUUGGGUUUUCAACUUUCAGCACCUACUGCAAAAACAUUUCUCAGGAGAUUCCUCCGAGCAGCACAAGCUUCCUACAUGGUUCCUAACCUUGAAUUGGAGUUCUUGGCCAACUAUCUGUCAGAACUCACUCUCAUUGACUAUACGUUCCUGAAGUUCAUGCCUUCCCUAAUUGCUGCGUCUGCAGUAUUCCUUGCUAGAUGGACACUGGAUCAGUCAUGCCAUCCAUGGAAUCCAACCCUAGAGCAUUACACCACAUACAAGGCAUCAGAUCUGAAAGUUACAGUUCUUGCUCUACAAGAUCUUCAAAUGAACACCAAUGAUUGUCCUCUUAAUGCUGUACGUGAAAAGUAUAAGCAGCACAAGUUCAAGUGCGUAGCAACUCUGACAUCCCCAAAUCCACAUAAAAUACCAUUUUAAAGAUGAUCGGCAAAUUCCUUGCUUCUCUUUGCUGUUAACAUAUGGUUAUCAGCUGGAGGAUUUUUCAUGGAUAUUGGAAUUUCUCCAGAGUGUGUAUCUGAUAUCUAAUUUUAGAUUUUCUCCAAUCUAACUGUUCUUUAUCUGCUUAUUGUUGUUGUAGCCUGCUCUUGUAACGUGAAAAUUUUGGGAGCGUUGGACGCUUUAGGCAGUAUGUUUGAAAGUUAAAUGCCCACCGGGUACUUUAUUUCAAACUUAUUCUGGCCCAUGUAAAGUCAUUUAUCAGCAACCAGAUUAAUUUGUUGGGUUGUAUCGGGGAAUGUAACUACUAGAAGAUAACUUUUGUAUUUUCACCUCAUUUAAUUUCUAUAAAAUGACUUUCAUACUGCA